GACGACGGUGCCUGGAAGGUGGCCUUCGAGAACUGCCUGCAAGCUGUGCUAGGCCUCCGCUCCUCGGCCUUUGAGCAGCUGGAGGAGAUGAUGCUCCUCGGUUUGGGCCACGAUCCGCAGGCAGCUGGCCUCAGGGACUACACCUUAGGGGCCACGCUUGGCGCAGGCUCGUUUGCAAAGGUCAAGCUUGCAACCCGCAUCUCGACGGAAGAGACGGUGGCUCUGAAAAUCCUUCGCAACCGGUCCUGGCACGAUGCGAAGAAGGUGCACGAUGAGGCGCAGAUUUUGAAGCGCUUCUGGCACCCCAACAUAGUGAAGAUGCAUGAGGUGGUUUCGACGCGCCGUCGAUCGUUCAUCAUCAUGGAGUACGUAGGCGGUGGGGACCUAUUUGAAUAUGUCCACAAGCAGCGGCGCCUUGAGCAGCCCGAGGCCCGCCGCAUGUUCCGCCAGAUCAUGGCCGGCCUCGAGGAGGUUCACGCCGCCAAAGUCGCGCACGGAGACCUCAAGCUCGAGAACCUCCUCCUGGACGAGGAGGGCAACGUGAAAAUCGCGGACUUCGGCCUGAGCACAGCACUCGCUCCUGGGGAAACGCGGAUCACAUCAACUUAUGGGUCCGUGGCGUAUGCAGCCCCAGAAGUUUUACAAGGCAGAGAGUACGUCCCGUACCCCGCCGACCUGUGGAGCUGCGGGGUCAUCCUGUACAUUAUGAUCUGCGGGUGCGAGCCGUUUAAGGGCCUGGACGAUCACCACCUGCGCCGACAGAUCCUCUCUGCGAGCUACAAGAUCCCCUUGUUCACCUCCCCGGAAGGAAUCGACCUGAUCGCCGGCCUCCUCAGAGUGAAGCCCUGGUCCCGCUUCUCCAUCGCGCAGGUUCGGGCCCAUGCCUGGUACCGCCGAGUCGAGGAGGCCUUGCCGAAGGACGCUGCUGAGACCUUGCAGGUGAAGACCGGGCAUGCCGGGUGCAGCAGCCUCAUGAGGCUCAGAGAAUUCACUCUUGAGAUUGCCCACCCAGACAUCUCCUAUCAAGCCCCCUUCAUGCCGGGGUGCCGGGGCGCGCAGUGCAUACAGGGGUUUAUCCAGCGAAUGCGCCGCCGACGCGCCAAUCGUCGCGCAGCUGCUCCAGAAUCCUCGGAGCCUGGCCUGGAUGCGCUUCUCGCAGGAGUGGUCCCGAUCGUUUGCAGCCUCGUGGACGAGGCUUGGCAGACGCAGGGGCCAAUCGGCUUGGUGGGAACGGCUGGUGGGGGACGGCUCACGUCCACAGACUUCGACGAGGAUCGCCUAGAGAGCAACUGCAGCAGGAAGUUCUCCAUGAAGCGCGUGAAGCGCAUCUUGAAGCGGUUGCGGAUGCAGGCGUUGGAAGACCAGGUCAGCCAGCUGUUGCGACAGGUGCUGGCGCUGACGGAUUUCAAAGAGGAGAUCUGUCGCUUCGCCCUGCAGAACAUCGCCACGCUCCUGGAUCGGAAUCAAGAGCUGCACCUGACCACGGGCAACUGGAGACCGAUUCUGGUUGCCGCCUUGCAGGUCGCAUCCAAACCCUGCGAGGACGUCGGUGCCUGGAAGGUGGCCUUCGAGAACCGCCUGCAAGCUGUGCUAGGUCUCCGCUCCUCCGAUUUCAAGCAGUUGGAGCUGAUGAUGCUGCAAGGCUUAGGCAAGGAUGCGCAGGCAGUUCUGGGAGACUACAUCAUAGGGCCUACGAUUGGCGAAGGCUCGUUUGCAAAGGUCAAACGAGCAGCCCGCCUCUCGACACAAGAGCUGGUGGCUGUCAAAAUUCUUGCCAACCACUCGGAGUCUGCGGAGACGGCGUGGGUGGAGGCGCAGAUUUUGAAUCGCCUCCACCACCCCCACAUAGUGAGGAUGCAUGAGAUGAUAGAGACGUGCGGUCAAUAUCUUCUCAUCAUGGAGUACGCAGGCGGUGGCAGUCUUUACGACUACGUCGAGAAGCAGCAGCGCCUUGAGGAGCCAGAGGCCUGCCGCAUCUUCUGCCAAAUCAUUGCUGGCCUGGAGGAGGUUCAUGCCGCGAACAUCGUGCACCGAGACCUCAAGCUCGAGAACAUCCUCCUGGACGCGGAUCACAACGUGAAGAUUGCAGACUUCGGAAUGGGCGCAGCGCUCAAGCCUGGGCAAACGCUCACAACAAGAUGUGGGUCUUUGGAGUAUGCGGCUCCAGAAGUUCUAGAAGGCAGAGAGUGCGUCCCAUACGCCUCAGAUCUCUGGAGCUGCGGCGUGAUCCUCUUCAGCAUGAUCUGCGGGGACCUGCCGUUUGAGGACGAGGACGACCUCUGCCUGAAGAUCUUCUCGGCGAGCUACGAGAUCCCCCGGUUCGUCUCAAAGGAAGCGGCCGGCCUGAUCGCCGGCCUCCUGAAAGUAGAGCCCUUGUUCCGCUUCUCCAUCGCGCAGGUUCGUGCCCACGCCUGGUACCUGCAAAUCGAGGCCUCCGUAAGGCAGCCGCAAGGUACCGCCCAGACCCGGCGCGCGAAGACCGCGAAGACCGGGCACACAGGGCACGCCGGGAGCAGCCUCAUGAGGAAUGCCUGGUGCGUGGCCAGGAGUCGCCGCUCGGCGAGUGAAUGGAUACGGAUCGCCGUUGCGCCUCUGAAGGAGACCAGUUCUCCGCCAAAAGCAGCUGCGAGCACCAUUCCCCAGCAGCCCCGUUCAUGCCGGGGUGCCGGGGCGCGCAGUGCAUACAGGGCUUUGUCCAGCGAAUUCGCCGCCGACGCGCCGAUCGUCGUGCAGCGAGAGCUGCUCCAGAAUCCUCGGAGCCCGGCCUGGAUGAGCUUCUCGCAGGAGUUGUCCCGAACAUUUGCAACCUCGUGGCCAAGGGCGAGGCUGGGCAGGAGCCAAUCGGCUUGGCGGGAUCGGCGGGUGGCGGACCGGGCCUCUGAGCCUCUCCAAGAGUUUCUUCUGGCUUGCUGUGGCUCUGCGCCUCAGUGUCCCGGUCUUCUGCCAGAUCUCCUGAAGCUCAGCGCAAGGGCUUCAUUCAUUGUGGCAGGGGUGGGGGGAGUAUGCACGGUGACCCGAGACAAAGGCCUUUUCGACCCAACCGACUUCGACGAGGACCUCUUGCGGAAUUGCAGCAGGAAGUUCUCCAUGAACCGCCUUUUGAAGCGGUUUCGGAGGAAGCUGCAGGCGUUGGAAGACGAGGUCAGCCAGCUGCUCCUUGGAAGCUCUUGA